UACUUACCUAGCUACCUUUCUGUUAACGAUAUGCCAAUCGUGGAUCACAGCCCUACCACUGGGGUGGUUACAGUCCUCGUAAUCCUCAUAGCUGUCGCUGCUUUGGGAGCGCUCAUCUGUGGAUGUUGGUGCUACUUGCGCUUGCAACGUAUUGGCCAGUCAGAGGAUGAAGAAAGCAUAGUGGGUGAGGGUGAGACUAAAGAGCCCUUUCUCAUGGUGCAGUACUCAAGAGACCCUCACGCUGAGCACAAAUCAAAGCUCAAUCCUAAUGGUGAGAAUCACAGCCAACUGAGCCAUCCAUUUGUGGUGAAAUUGCAGUAGGCCUAUGCUAUUGCACGUGAUCUGUUCAUCACAACAAUUAACAAUGACAAGCCAUGCGUUUCCUUGUUUGUCUUUGUAUCGCAGGCUAUAAACUGAAUUCAUUGAAUCAUGUGAAGUAACGUUUGACAGUUGAGUUUGUGUUGGUUUCCAAAAUGGAUUUUAAAUUGUGAGACUUCUGAAAGGCCAAUGAAGUGGACAUACGGCCAAUGUGUAUCACUCGAACCUAACGCAUACGAUGAGUUAAAUGCCAUGCCUUGAUUUUAUAAUGGUUUGCUUUGUAUUAAUAAUUAAUCUGUGAAAAUGUGUACAGUUAUGACACACUACAUAGUUUGUGUAGAAUACUUGGACUAGUCUAUUUACAAGCAUUGUUUAUCUCUAGUAUAACCUAACGUGGGCUAUUGCAUGCACCAUAAGAACUAUCAAGUUAUCAAGUUGAUGCAACUGUAAAUUCCUAUUCAUGUUUCUCUGCAUGUUGUGUUUCCAAAUAAUGCACAUGAUUUAACUUCACUUAUUUGAAGCCGUUUGCCUGGCAAAAACAAAUCCAGAAAUAAAAGUUCUUCAAAAUGGUUGGGUUUCAGUCAUCUAUGAAAGAAAUACAGUGCCCUCCAA